AUGUCUUGUAGACAGACAGCUCAGCCUCAAGGGCCAUAUAUGCCCAUGCGGGAUGCCAUGGACCGCCACGACUACGGUGUCACCAAGACCCGUAAGGCUUCGUCCACUGGCGGCGGACGCGCCUGGAGCGAAGACGAGGAGCACUAUCUCCUCCAGACUCGCCUCCAGAAGAUGCCCUACAAGUACAUUGCGGCGCAUCUCAAGAAGACGGAAUUGGCAUGCCGUCUUCACUAUCACCAGCUCUCCCACGGCAGCAACCGACGCAAGCGCGCUGCGUCCUGCUCGUCGGCUGGCACCUCCAACGAUCACUCGCCUGCCAUGGCACAGAGGGCACCCAGCCCGGCCCGCGAAAGCGUGUCUCGCUCGGCCUCGCCCCCCGGGAGCUCCAUGAGCUAUAGCCCGCCGCCCCCGAGCCACGGCAGCAGUUGCAUCCAGCUCCCCAGCAUCAUGACCUCCGGAGAGGUGCCUCGGUUACCAGCCAUCCUCCCGAAGCCCUCCUCCAUGACCCUCCCCCACCCCACAGCCUCUUCUCAGACGUAUGCCUCGCCGGUCGCAGACAACCACGUUUCUGUUUCUCACCCCUCUGCCUACCACCCUCCCAGCCAUCACCGAACAACUCCUCCUCUUCGCCUCGACUGCUCAGGGCUUCCCGCGCCUGCGAUGCCGGCUCACACCGCCGCCCACGUCGAUCUCUCCCGCCUUCACUCCAUCUACUCGGCUCACCGAAACUCGUUCUGGUCCGCUGUCGCCAACGAGUACGGUCCCAACGUCUCCCCAACCGUGCUCGAGCAGGCCUGGAAGACGGGUGCCUGCUGCAGCCAGACUGCGCUGACACCCAUCACGCCCAUCUCGAGCCCGGGCAACGGAGAGCGGGAUCCUCAGAGCAAAGGCCAGGACAAGACCCGCAUCUCGUCGAUCCUCGGCAUUGACGCAGAUCCUCGGACUGCUCGCGAUAGAGAUAUCGUGAGGAGGAUGGAAGAGGAGCGCUUCGGCAUGAUGCAACCUGCCCACUAA